GUUGUGGAGGCGGGAGUGUGGGGGCGCCAGUGGUGGUGGUGACGGCGGCCACCACAACCUCUCACACUUGCUCUCCUCCUCGUAACACACCACCACAUGGGGAUAAGAUGUGAAACACUGUUGUAUGAUUAUGUGAUAAUACGACUCGGAGAUCAUUGAGAGGGAAGGUGACAGUGAGGAUGUGGAGGUGUGUCAGGAGGGUGUAGUGGGCCAGACAACAGCCCCGGGGGCCACCACCAGCCUCUACACUACUCUCCUACACGUGACUGAUCACUAACAAGCCAACCUCAACCCUUGCCAACUAAAAUUAGAGGCUGUUCUGCUGGGGCAGAUUACUUCUCUGAACCAACAAUGAUGUUCACAAGACAAAUAGAGUUUGAGUCAAUAGGAAAAAGUUUAUAUGUGAGUCAGGAAAGUGAGGGCGACGCAGGAAGUGUUGUGUGGGAUGCAGCCAUCGUCCUGGCCAAGUACUUUGACAAGCAGAAAGCUCUCGCAUGGACACCUCGGCCUUACGAUGUAAAGCCUGUGCUGCUCUCAGGAUGUCAUGUGGUGGAGUUAGGCUCAGGAACUGGAUGUGUUGGUCUUACUGCUGCCCUUUUGGGGGCAUCAAAGGUGACCAUUACUGAUCUGCCACAGUUUCUUCCCCUUAUGAGGAAAAAUAUUCAUCAAAAUCAAGAUAUUCUUGAGUGUGUAGUUGAUGCCAGAGAGCUAACAUGGGGGAACUUGGAGCAAGGUGCUGCUCUCACUGCUCCUGAUGUUCUUGUGCUGGCUGACUGCAUAUAUUAUGAAGAGUUUCCAUGUGAACUGUGCAAGUGCAGUAAUCAGCCAGUCUCAAGUUACUACCCUACAAGUGCUUAAAGUUCCAUGGAUAUUGGUUCCUACAAAAGAUUGUACCAGUCACAAGAGCUUUCCUCACCAUCAGCAUCACUUAUGAUAGUUAUUCAACUGACAAGUGUAAUUCAAGUGCAUGGAGAUAAUAAGAUUUGUGUUAAUUGGUAGGAAAUAUGUAGCUAUGAGCUGGUAUGACCAAGGACACUUGUAAAGUAUAACUCAGGAAUGGACUUAGGUAUGACAGUGGGAAAAAGGGGUCAAGGAAAGAUCCAAUGAGACAGGAAGACAAAAAUAAAUAUAAUUAAUUAUAAUUCAUUGUGUCGCACGACAGGCAACCAGUGUAUAUAUACUUAUUAGGCUUAUAUUGAGGUCCCCCACAACAAGCUGACUAACUCCUGGGUACCUAUUUAUUGCUAGGUAAACAGGGGCAUUAGGUGACAGGAAAUACGCCCAACCAUUUCUGUCCCACCCAGGAUUUGAGUCCCCAAUUCUUGACUGUGAGCCGAGAACAAAUCUGACCGUACUAUCAGGACCCUUAAACGAGGCACUGAGAGAUGAUGUUAGUAUGAAGACGUGUGAGGGACUUCAGCAAAGGAUGGGGGUCACUCUGUAUGUUGUAAGGAUUCUGUAAUGGGUUGGGACUCUACAUCUGUAGCCAUCCUGUGUGGGGGAAUGUGCAAAGAAGACUGCACAUAGGAGACACCUGCAUAAGACUGCACACUUGCAGGGCAGGUGUCCUACAAGUGUGCAGACAUGUAGAGACCUCAUAGUUUGCCAACGGCCAUACCACGUUGAGAACACCGCUUCUUGUCCUCAUAGUUUGUGGGAGGAGCUCUGCACUUGGUGUUGUCUUAUGUGUGAUUUGGAGGGAAGUAUAUGGUAGUGUGAUGGUGGAGGCCUGCAAGAGCCUCCUGCUGUACACAAGUUUUAUAUCAGAUUGUAUGGAGCAUGUUGAUAAUUAAUAAUAAUUAUAUAAUUUUGUUUCUAUACUGGUAUGGGCAGUGUGUUUAAGUGCAGUGUAAUUCAUAUUAUUUUUCAGAAUAACUAGGAAUUUUAUACUUUUUGGUGCAUAAAAUUGUCUGUUUUUACCGUCAUAUAAAUAUUUUCUUUACUGUUUUAAUUUUGUAUAUUAAAAUGCUUCAAAUGAAACAGUGGCACCUCAGUUUAAUGAGCUAAAUAGGAAUGGUCACAUUUUAGAAAUCAAGGUUUCUGGUAAAUCAAGGCUUUUCUGAACAUGGCUCCUCUGGUUGUUCUCUUAGUGAGGGCCAUAGGUGGAAUAAUUGAAAGCACUCUAGGCUCAGGGCAAGUUCAAGCUCCACUGAGACAAGUUGCUCUUCAAAUGGUCUUAUUCUCGACACACCACUGAGGACAACCACUCACUAUGACAUCAAAGAACAUAUUAACCCACUUGACACCCUCUUCAAGUAAUCAUCGUGAACAAAAUCGUAAUGUCAAAUUGUGAAUUUCAAAAUUAGUACCAGUAUUUCCUCUGGCAGCCCCAAGCUAACUAAUUUUUCUCAAUCAAAUUUUUUCUUGUGUGUUAAGAUGCCUUUUCUUCCCCUAACAGACAAAUGGAUGAAAAUCCUUGAGUAACAAGAAUUAUUUAACAAGAUAUGUCUAGAAAGGUGAAAUAAAGGGAUCAUAUGUUGCAGGUAGAUGACCAGUAUUUUGGAAGUGGAGAUUGGGAAUGUUACGGCCCUCUCGGGUCGCAACUGGGUUCGUACUCUGAUGUCGUUAGAGGAAGGGUAUCCGGCCCCAAGCCAGUAGUGGCUUUCAAGGGAUGAGAUCCGUGACGCAAGUAACUUA